AUGGAGGAGUUUGGGGGCUGUGGGGUCCCCACAGGUCUCCUGGCAGGGCUGGGGGGCACUGAGACCCAGCAGACCACCCUACACCCGGCCGUGGGCCGUUUGUUCGUGCAUACCCUGGACCGUGAAACCUUCCUGCGCCUUCCUGAGCACGUGGCUGUCCCACCCACUGUCCCUGUCACCUACCACGCCCACCUCCAGGGACACCCAGACCUGCCUCGGUGGCUCCGUUAUACCCAGCGCAGCCCCCAACACCCUGGCUUUCUCUAUGGUAGCCCCACCCCAGGAGAUCGUGGACGCCAGGUCAUUGAGGUCAUAGCCUACAACCGGGACAGCUUCGACACCACCCGGCAGAGGCUGGUGCUGUUGAUUGGGGACCCAGAAGGCCCCCUGCUGCCAUACCAGGCUGAGUUCCUGGUGCGCAGCCAUGACGUGGAGGAGGUGCUGCCCUCGACGCCUGCCAGCCGCUUCCUCACAGCCUUGGGGGGCCUCUGGGAGCCAGUAGAGCUCCAGCUGCUCAACAUCACCUCCGCCUUGGACCGUGGGGGACGGGUACCCCUUCCCAUUGAGGGCCGCAAGGAAGGGGUAUACAUCAAGGUGGGCUCUGCCUCACCCUUCUCCACCUGCCUGAAGAUGGUGGCAUCUCCCGACAGCCAUGCUCGCUGUGCCCAGGGCCAGCCUCCACUUCUAUCCUGCUAUGACACCUUGGCACCUCACUUCCGAGUUGACUGGUGCAAUGUGUCCCUGGUGGAUAAGUCCGUGCCAGAGCCCGCAGACGAGGUGCCCACUCCAGGCGAUGGGAUCCUGGAGCGUGAUCCCUUCUUCUGCCCACCCACUGAGGCUACAGCCCGAGACUUCCUGACCGAUGCACUGGUCACCCUCUUGGUGCCUCUGCUGGUGGCCCUGCUGCUCACCCUGCUGCUGGCCUACGUCAUGUGCUGCCGGCGGGAAGGACGGCUGAAGAGAGACCUGGCCACCUCUGACAUCCAGAUGGUCCACCACUGCACCAUCCGUGGGAACACAGAGGAGCUGCGCCACAUGGCAGCUAGCCGAGAGGUACCCAGGCCACUCUCCACCCUGCCCAUGUUCAACGUGCGCACAGGCGAGCGGCUGCCUCCCCAAGUGGACAGCGCCCAGGUGCCCCUCAUCCUGGACCAGCACUGAUAGCUCGUCCAGGUAGGUCCAGCUGGGCAGCGCCAGCCUUAUUUCUGGGAACAUGGUGACCUCUGUCUCCAGUCUGGGGCAGGUGAUGGGGGAUGGGGAGGUCAAAGGAGGGACACACAGACCUGUCCACCCCACUGAGGCAGCAGUGAGGGGUUGCUUAGCAGUGCCAGAGCUAUGCCCCUCAAUGCCAAGCACUGGGGGUCAGAGUGUCAGGGUGGGGAAGGCAGGAGAACCAGGGCCUGGACCUUACAGCCCCACUCUCUCUUCCCUCCACUGUUCCAGCUCCAGCCUUGGCCCUGUCUUCCCUUCUCCCCCAACUCGCAGAGCAACCACCACCCGGGGCCACGUCCUUCCUCCUGAUUCUGGUUCCUGGUCUGAUGGACUCCAGGCUUGGAGCAAGCAGAGAGAUGGAGGUGGGGCGGGGUGAGGGUGUCUGGGGUCAGGACCCCCAAAAUAAACACCUGCAGCCCUGCCAA